AUGCUGCUUUUGUUGGCACUCAUCGUACCACUGGGUGUUGUCGGCAUUGAUAUUCUUCCGGAUCUUCAGAUUCGUACCGUUCAAAGUACUGCGGUGCAGGGAAAACUUCUGUGUAACGGAAAACCCUAUGAAAAAGCACGACUGAAGCUUUACGAGGUUGAUCCACUAAAGGACACUCUCAUGGACGAAGCAUUCUCUGACAAAGACGGUCACUUCAAGUUGAAGGGAAACGACACAGAAUGGUCGAAAAUCGAUCCAAAACUCAACAUCUACCACAACUGCGAGGACGAGAAGGUGGUACGUGUUCGUGUUAGUAGCAAUCUACCCACAGUCAGCCAUCCGUCGCGCAGACUUAAGACGUACGGGUCUUAUUUUGUGGUUCAAGGAAGGGAUGGGUCGUAA